GAAGAUUAAAGUGGAGUGUCAGGCAACCCAAAUUAGCCCAUGUCCGCUCAUGACGGCUAGCAAGCUAACUAGCUGAAGAGCUAGCUAACAGUUAGCGGCAACAAGCCAGCCUUAUCCCGUUACAAAAUAAACGCCAUCAGAGCACAAUACUAGCAUCGACCGACUCAAGGCACGUCGCUCCAGCGAGUCAGCCUGGAGGACCCGCCCCAUACGGGACGUCAUACGGAACACAUCCCCCCACAAACUAAACUCCGCAGAUCAUCAAAGCAACACAUUGGCUGAAAGGAAGCAGUGCAGGUCAAUAAGCAGGAGGACUCGACUGUCGUUAUUUAGGGUCCCCCUGUGACGUCUCAAGACCACCGGAGGUUUCGGCACUCAAAGCAGCAGCCGGAUUCCCUUGUCAUGGCGAAUACCCCGCCGAACACCUUGACCCGACUUGCGCGGGCUCUGUCCCACCACAAACUGGACGGGAUCGAGUCCAACGAAGUGGUCUCGCCUCGAAAUGCCCAGGUCCAUCCGUGCCGAAGGAGGCAGCUCACGAGCUGCAGCUCGUUGGACGGCCUCGCCGAUUUGGCCACUUCGCCGAGCGUGGCCGAAGCGCGCGUCCUGGUCAUCAACACGGGAGGCACCAUCGGGAUGACGCUUCUGGACAACGUUCUUGCACCCAAAGAAAAUGCAUUUGUGGAGAGUUUGCGCAAGCUGCCCAUCCUCCACGAUGAGGUGUACGCACAGCAGACCUGCUUGUAUGACUACUAUGGAGCCGAGAGCACCCUCGUCCUGCCUUUGAGUAAAAACAAGAAGAGGAUAAUCUACACUAUUAUAGAGUACAGCCCUUUGCUGGACUCUGCCAAUAUGACCACUGAUGACUGGGGAAGAAUCGGAAAGGACAUAGAGAAAAACUAUGAAAGCUAUGAUGGCUUCGUGAUCCUUCACGGCACAGACACCAUGGCCUAUACGGCCUCUGCACUUUCCUUCAUGUGUGAACAUUUGGGCAAGCCCGUUGUGCUCACCGGCUCACAGGUGCCCAUCUAUGAGAUGAGGAAUGACGGCAGGGACAACCUGCUGGGGGCACUGUUGAUCGCCGGCCAGUUUGUCAUUCCUGAGGUGUGCUUGUAUUUCUACAACAAGCUCUAUAGAGGAAAUCGAGUGACCAAAGUGGAUGCUGGGAGUUUUAAUGCAUUCACAUCCCCUAAUUUGGCUCCUCUUGCAACUGCAGAGGUUGAUAUUUCAAUUAACUGGGACACGGUGUGGAGGGCAAACACCACUGUCAAGUUUCAAGUCUCAACUGAGCUCAAUCGAAAUGUCGGCCUGCUGAGGCUUUUCCCAGGAAUAACUGCAGCCACUGUGAAGGCCUUCCUGCAGCCACCCAUGGAGGGAGUGGUUCUGGAGACCUAUGGCAGUGGAAACGGCCCAGAUAACCGCCCUGACCUGUUGGAGGAGUGGAAGAAGGCCACCGACUCUGGUGUCAUCAUCAUCAACUGCACACAGUGUCUGAGGGGGACGGUGUCUACCUCCUACGCCACCGGCAAGGUAUUGAUAGAUGCCGGGCUGAUAUCUGGUGGUGACAUGACGCCAGAGGCCUCCCUGUCAAAGCUUUCAUACGUGUUGGCGAAGACGCAUCUUGAUCUGGAUGCCAAGAAAAAGAUGAUGGCUCAGAACCUGCGAGGUGAGAUGACUGCCGACUUGGCUGGCGCCAAGUUUAGUCUGAGUGACAGUCGAUUCAUUCAGGUCGUUGCGAAGUCUUUGAGCAUUAGCUGUAAAGAGGAGCUGGAGGCCAUCCGUGAUGCUCUGACACCCUCAUUGGCUUGUGCAGCGACAAAGAUUGGUGACAUCGAGGCCUUGGAAGCCUUAAAAGAAAUGGGCAGUAAUUUGUGUCUCUGCGACUAUGAUGGACGGACCCCUCUGCACAUCGCCGCCUGCGAGGGAAACGUCAAAGUGGUGCAAUACUUGCUGACAGUUGGCGCCACAGUUUACGCAAAAGAUCGUUAUGGUGACACACCCCUGUGCAACGCUGUACGCUUCAGGCACAAGGAUGUAGUCAAGCUCCUGAGGAAGACAGGAGCCCACUUCUCCCGAGACGAGUUGGAGGAGGCAGGAACAGAACUGUGCAGCCUGGUAGUCAGCGGUGACAUGGAGGGUCUGGAAAUAUGGAGUCUUGCUGGAGCUGAUUUGAAUAAACCAGGCUACGAUGGGAAGACAGCGAUUGAAUUUGCCAAGGCUGCUGGUAAACCAGAAGUGGCGACCUUUCUCCUACACAUCCUAAACAAAAAAAUGAAGACAGCAGAAAUGAAUGAGUAUGAUGAAUAUGAUGAGGAUGAGGAGAACGGAAUCGAGUUCACCGCCUCUCCUGCAAAUAUGUGAGCCCUGGCAAUUUCAUCCAUUUACCGACUUCUGCCCGUUUCCUUGUGCGCCGUCCUCAAGUCCAUACGAAAGCACCGCUUGUUUGAAGCCAUUAACGAUGACGGUCUUCCUGUCCAACUGUGUUUUAAGUGCAGCACAGGUUUGAUUGCACAGCCCAGUGGAGUGUUUGCACAAAUUGCAAAGAAAUAUUCAAUGUAGGUGUAAAUGUACAAGGUUAGAUGUAAUGCUGCUGUAUGUCAAAACACUGCCAGGUGGAUUUUUAUUUUUAUUAUUAUUGACUACAACAAAAUUAAAGAAGUUCAGGGGCUUUUAUUUUUAUACUUAUUUUUAUAAAGACACUGAAGAAAAUUUGAUUUUAUUGAUGCAUGCGUGCAUCUACUUUGGUCAAAUACCUCCAGGAGUGUACUGCUGCCAGAAGAUGUGUUAUAAAACUGUGAAACGACUCUACAGAGUGACUGAGCCUGUUUCUCAGCCCACUGUCGAUCCGGAAGAGUGGCAUAUCUCUCUCGCUGAAACAACUGGCAAUUUUAGUUGCAGCUAAGUUUCUGUGCUCUUUGUAAUGUAAUUUAUUCCUGUUUAGAAUGCUUUCUUUUUCUCUGUUCACUUGUAUCUCUUCUUUAAGUGUUGGACUUGGGCAAUCACCUGACUGAAUGUUUAGUACCAUUCAAUGAAAUGUUUCUUGUGAUAAACAAAAAAAAAAGAAAAUGUCCUGCUGUUUCACAACUGAAUGUAUUGCUGCUUUAUUCUUUCUGAUACUGCCUCUGUUUGGAAAAAAUGCAACAGAAAUAAAUCAGAUAAAACAAAA